AUGUAUUCAAUUCGUCCACAUAGUUCAGGAAAUCUCGAAUUGAACUUACCCACGUCGAUGUAUUCGGUUAGACCAAUCAUUGAACAAACCAAUCCUAGUGAAUCAGCGUUGAAGGAUAUUAAAAAACGGCAAGAUGCUUUAUUAGAAAAGAUCGAGCAUUUGUAUAAUCAGAUUCGUCAAUAUCAAGAGAAAGCAUCAACUCCACCUAGUCACGAAGAAUUUGUCGUGCAUCUUUCGGCGAAAAAUCCAUCGACAAAGAUUCUCGAUACGAUUCGACAAUUUCAUGACAAGUUAUGCAUUCGAACAUUUCGUCAUUCGUCAUUGAAAGACAAUUUGGUUUUUAGUCAGCUGCCAAAUUUAUCGUCAUCAAACAAUGCAAAUCGAUCACUAAGUAUCAUCUGGACUGAUGAGAAUGACCUUUCUUCGAUGUUUCAUUCACAUAUGAAAAUCAACGACGAGCAACAAAUUAUUAAUUUACUUUCUCACCACUUAACAAAUAUGAAUUGA